UCCGUGUCUAGAGGGCGGAUCAAUGCUGGGAGCCUCCGAUUCAUACAAACUCCCGCCCCUCCUCUGUUUCUCUUCAGCGGACUCGCCUGCUUGUUUUGCUUUUUGCUUCUACCUGGGAGGUGCAUCCUACACCAUACUUUGUAAUAUUUCGGCUGGCUAUAAGGAGGGGAGGACAGGACAAGAGAAGAGAGGACAGGAGGGGAGGGGAAGAGGGUAGGAGAGGGGAGGGGACGUGGGUCGAAGCUCAACAUGCUGUAGUGGAUGGAUGGGACUGGCGAUCGGACGGUCUGAAAAUGCCGUCGGAGGUGUAGAAGGUCUGAACAUCCACCUCCGCUUUCAUCGCCCCCCUCCCUUCGCGCUGCCAAGCUUGUUGCCUUGCUUAAGCGGCCUAAAAACACAAAAUGUCGACCAGGACGCCGCUGCCAACUGUGAAUGAGCGCGACACCGAGAACCACUCGUCUGUGGACGGCCACCAUGAGCCCCACACCCCGGCGGCCAAGUCCGGAAGCCGCCAGAGCCUGCCGCGAUGCCGCAACUCCGUCACGUCCACCACCGACGAGCAGCCGCACGUCGGCAACUAUCGGCUCCUCAAGACCAUCGGCAAGGGCAACUUUGCCAAGGUGAAGCUGGCGCGGCAUGUGCUGACAGGCCGAGAGGUCGCCGUGAAGAUAAUUGACAAAACGCAACUCAACCCGACUAGUCUACAGAAGCUCUUUCGGGAAGUGAGGAUAAUGAAGAUCUUGAAUCAUCCAAAUAUAGUUAAGUUAUUUGAAGUCAUCGAAACAGAGAAGACACUUUAUUUAGUAAUGGAGUACGCCAGUGGGGGUGAGGUCUUUGACUAUCUGGUGGCCCAUGGGAGGAUGAAGGAGAAAGAGGCCAGGGCAAAGUUUCGACAGAUCGUCUCUGCAGUGCAGUACUGUCACCAGAAGCAGAUAGUGCACAGGGACCUGAAGUUCGAAGGGAGCGAGUCCCUGUCCAACAGCAACCUGUGUCAAAGGUCACGACCCAGCAGCGACCUCAACAACAGCUCCACGCAAUCGCCUGCCCAUUCCAAAGUUCAGCGCAGCAUAUCAGCCAAUCAGAAGCAGCGUCGGUUCAGCGAUCAUGUGGGUCCCACGGUGCCGACAGCGGUCUCCCACACCAAGCGCGCCCAAGCCAACAGCGUGGAGGGCGAGCAGAAGGAGGACUGGGACAACACAGGGAAGCUGGGCACCUCCAGCUCCAAGGUGGAGGUGCCGACAUCCCCGGGGGUCCUGCCAGACCGCAAGAAGUCCUCCACGGCACCUGGGGCCAACUCUUUGUCUGCGGGGGGCAUGACACGCAGGAACACAUAUGUGUGCGAACGCUCCAGCACUGAGCGCUACGGUGCCAUCCCCAAUGGGAAGGAGAGCAGCCUGACAGAGAUGUCUGUGUGCACUAGCAGCACCCCGUCACCAGGGGGCGUGCCGGCAGCUGUGCCCUCCACCCGGCCGCGCCACGUCAAGUCCAUGUCCACCUCAGGCCACCCGGGCAAGGCCACGCUCCCGCCCAUCGAGGACAACAGCGAGUUCCGGCCCAGCUCCGCCCCCCGGCCCCCGGCCGCCUCCCCCUCCGCCCACAGCAUCAGCAGCACCACUCCAGACCGCACCCGCUUCCCGCGUGGCAGCACCAGCCGCAGCACCUUCCACGGCGCGCAGCUACGCGAGCGGCGCAGCGCCACCUAUAACGGGCCGCCUGCCUCGCCCACUCUGUCACAUGACACGGCCGCCCUGGCGCAGGCCCGCCGCGGCACGUCCACCGGCAUCAUCAGCAAGAUCACCUCCAAGUUUGUCCGCAGGGUUCCCAGCGAAGGCGAGGCCAGUGGCCGGACAGAAUUCCUGAGGAGUGCCUCUGGGGAGUCCAAAGAGGAUGGCCGGGACUCGAAGCCUCGCUCCCUACGCUUUACCUGGAGCAUGAAGACCACCAGCUCCAUGGACCCCAGUGACAUGAUGCGUGAGAUCCGCAAGGUGCUGGACGCCAACAACUGCGACUACGAGCAGCGCGAGCGCUUCCUGCUCUUCUGCGUCCACGGCGACGCCCGCCAGGACAACCUGGUCCAAUGGGAGAUGGAGGUCUGCAAGCUGCCCCGCCUCUCGCUCAACGGCGUCCGCUUCAAGCGGAUAUCGGGGACCUCCAUCGCCUUCAAGAACAUCGCCUCCAAGGUCGCCAAUGAGCUCAAGCUCUGAGGAGAAGGAAAAUGAGCGUAACAAGGAGAGCUUGACCGAGAGAGAGAGGGAGAGAUAGUCAGAGAACCACCCCUAUUCGCCAGCCGGAUUCAGGGUGGACAGCCGGGAUUGUACAGUGUUAAAGUCAAAUGCACAGGGUAUUGGUAUUUUAGGCUACUGCUGUCUUAUUUGACCAGUGAAGGAAAUAAGUUUUAAAAAAUCUCUCGUGUCCCUCCCCACCUGCAUCCAUCAACUUCGUUAACUGCCAGAAUAGCGUAGAUGAGCAGAAGUUUAUCCUCCUUGCAGGAAGCUAGUGCUUCAGGCCCAGACAGGCCAUGUGGCAGAGCGAUGACCUCAUAGGUUAUCGUGGGGGGGGGGGUUCCCCCCCCCUCCCUCCCAGCCUCGGCAAUGUCCAGGGCCAAUUUUUAAUCCAAAUGUAAAUCCAGCUAAACACCCCAAAACACCCGUACAAAGAGGCAAAAAUGGUGGUCUCUCCUCCACGCCCCCCCUCCCCCCCAUACACAUACACGUGUAGGACACACUGCUGACAAGAGUUGUACUAUAAUGAAAGUCUUAGCAUAACAUCUGCAGGUAUUGUAUAGUUGAUUCCUGUACAGAAAAUGUACGUUAGUGUCUAAAACUGUCAUUUUUUGAGUUUGGAAUACUUUCCUGGUAUUGUCAUCUGUUAAACUGUUAGAAUUGACUCUGUGAAUUUUUUUAACAAACAUUUUAAACUGACUUUUUAUGCUAAAAAGGCACUAUUGCAAUCUUGGAAAAAAUGUAGAAUAACAAAUGCAAAACUGAGAGGUAACGGAACUGUAUGCAUCCGACCACCCCGGCCUGACUUUGUGUUUUCUGACUUUUGCUGUAUUUUAUUACUUAUUCAUUGCUUAAAGAGCAAGAAAAAAACCUAAAAGUAUAAUUGGGAAAAAUCAUUGUAGUUUUGGAGCUGAAACUAUGACUUUCUUUUCUUUGUUUUUGGAUUCUGCUCACGCACCGGUACAAGGGAUGUUUUAAUAUGCCGAGACCCUAAUCACACUGCCCGAAUGUCAUUUUGGGAAAGCAGAGUUCAGCAGGUGUGUAGGGCAAUGUCCAGACCUUUGAUUUGUAAUUGUUAUUAUUUUCUAACAGUAGCUCUUGAAUCGCCUUGGGCUGAUUUGUAUGGUUACUUGUUACGGUUUUGCUUAACUGUGCUGGAUUACUAUUUUUUUUUUUUUUUUUUUAGCAAAAGUGUUGUAUUUAUUCUGUCAUAUUAUGCCUGUAAUGUGCUGCUUUGUAAUUUUGAGGCAUUCACCUGUACAAGAUUUAAAAAAAUAGAAUUUAUUUGAUUUUAUUUAGGUAUAUCCCCUUUGUAAUUAUGAUUAAAGUAUGUAAAACCACUAGUUACGGUACAUUUUUAUGUGUUCAUUUUUAGUAAUUUAACCAUCGGGUUAACUGUGCAAUGGUAUUUCAUGUUGUAUUACAGUAAUACUUGCGUAUGGUCCCAAUUUUUCACACCUUAAUUGUUUAACAAUAGAAAAACAGUUCAUUUUUUUGCAGCUCAAGAUAAAGUUGAGAAGAGGAUUUCAAGAUAUUUAAGAAAAAAAGCUGUGAUCUCGGAAACCAUUGUGGAGCAGAGCAGAUGCCUGUGCUGGCCCACCCCAGGUGCAUUGUGGGCCGACUCUGCAGGACUGUGUAUGCUGUAUUGUAUCGCGUGAUGUAACUUCCUCCCUGAGAUGAAACUGCAAUGCAGUGGAUGUUCAUUUUGUUGCCUUAGCUGAUCACGACAUGGCAGGAGCAAAGCGAAGGAUUAAAUGUGAGGACAUGUCACUCCCCCUCCGCCCUGUCCUUGCCUCCACCUCCUAUGGUUACCCCAGUGUUCAUACGAGGACAUUAUGAUGCAAAUCAUCUCGGUUCAGUCUCACUGGUGCACAAUAUUAAAACUUGAAGGAGUCUCAA